AUGGUUACAAUAACCAAGAAAAAAUCACUAGAUGAACAGCCACUUGAUCUAAGUUGCAAAAAAUCAUUUACAAUUGAAUAUUUAUCAUUGGAUAGUAAAAAGACCAAACAGCAAUCAUCUUCUAAUGCAUUAAUCUCCAAUUUUUAUCCAUCAUAUCAGCCAUUAUUAACUCAGCCGUUAUCAAAUCAUUCUGUUUUUAACAUAACAAAUUUUGCUAAAUAUUCAUCACCAUUUCGUCCAGUAGUAAAACCACCAUUAACACCCGUCGAAAAUUUUUAUUCAACAUCAUAUCAUUAUCAUUCUUAUCUACCGCCGACAACGUAUCAUUCAACUCCUUUGUCUUCGGUUCAACGAUCAUUAAAACGAUCAAGAGAAGUAGAAGAAGAUGAUAAUCCACGAGAACAAAAAGUUUUGGCUAGAUUACCAGAGUUAUCUCUAUCUACACCUAAAAAUCCGUCUGUUUUAAUAAAACAACAGCAAGAUCAUAAACAAACACAAGAACACGUUGUACCCAGUGCACAAAUAUCAUUUUCGUCAGGUAUAGGAUUAGAAGUGGUAAAUGGUGGCCAUGGUAUCAAAAAUCCGCUUUUCGAUUGUGCCAGUGAAGAAAUACAAAUAAAAUACGGAUUUAAUGAUACAUUUGAUUUAAAACGACAUACUAGAACACAUACAGGUGUUCGUCCAUUUAAAUGUGAACAAUGUGAAAAAGCGUUUACACAACGCUGCAGUUUAGAAUCUCAUCAACGAAAAGUCCAUGGUUUUUCAUUGGAUUAUGGUUAUAAAACACGACGAAAUAAAUUAUAUGUUUGCGAAGAUUGUGGUGAAACAAGUGAGAAUCCUAAUAAACAUUAUGAUCAUAUACGAGAAUAUCAUCCAUAUUCACCGUUAAUUCAUCGUUUCUAUGAUAAAAGACAAUUUAAAUUUGAAAAUAAUUCUUCAACUUGUUCUUCAACAUCAUCAGGAAAACCGGCAAUUUUAACAUCAUUCUCAUCAUCAUCUCUAAUAUCGCCUAUUACUACCUAA